AUGUCCAUGCAAACGAUGAUGACUUCAGAUGCGCAGCUGCGUGCAAUAGAGAAGCAAUUCAAGUUUCGCGUUAGGACAGGGUGUAAAACCUGCCGAGCUAGAAGAGUUAAGUGUGACGAAGGCAAACCUUCGUGCAAUCGCUGCUGGAGCUCCGGACGAACAUGUGCUGGUUACGACAUUGCUCAGCUUUCGCCCGCCGCAGCCGCUGCAACUCAGCGAAACUCCUCCUUCUUGGUAAUUCCACAACGACCAAAUUCGACAACUGCUUCGUUCCGGACCGAUAGCCGUGGUAGGAAGUCCAAUCCCCUUCUUCCUGUGUCUCGAAGUCCUUCUUUAUCUCCUUUCCGCAACGACGCUGAAGCCCGGUCUUUUGAGUUCUUUCGAGAAUACACCCUACAGAAUGCCCUGGGUCACUUCGAUACUGAUUUCUGGAAACGGCGUGUUCUUCAGAUGUGUCAUGAUGAACCGUCCAUCAGGUAUGGCAUCCUGGCAUUGAGUUCUUUGCAUGAACACUGGAAUGGCAAGCUGGGACUGCCUCGGGGUGAGAAAGGUGCUUUUGCCCUGGCGCAGUACGCACAAGCAAUCAAGAGCUCGAACGCUCUUCUGUCACGCAGGUCGAAGGAUCGUGAGCAUCUUGAGAGAGUUCUUGUCGCGUGUAUCAUUUUCGUAUGCUAUGAGAAUCUGGUGGGUAACUACAAUCUUUCGGCCAUGCAUCUAAAGAAUGGCCUGCGCAUAUUGUCUGAAAAUCGCAUUCUUAAAGCACACCCAGACAAAAAGGCAAGUAUAGAUGCCUUCUCGACGGAUGACGCCGAAGAAUCGGAGCUUGCCAAUCUAUUCUCGUUGCUUGACCUUCAAGCAAUGACUUUUUCCGACGAGAGUUGCGAGUACAACUUCGAAUCAUUCAGCGGCCCCUUACUCCUUUCCAUCCCACCCGUCUUCUCCUCCCUAACACAAGCACGCAAUACCCUCACCCUGAUCUUCCGGCAAAUGUGCUACGCAGCCUACCUCGAAGACCGAGACAUGCGCACCCCCUCCGUGGACAAGAUCCGCCCCGAAGGCGUCUUCUCCACCCUUGAAGUCCACUGCAUGACCGCCAUCGAGCAAUGGAUGCGUUCCUUUACCAACCUCCGCUACACCCUCCUCUCCAAUCCCUCCGUCGACCCCACCACCAUCUCCGCCAUCACACGGGUCGCGAUCUGGGGCCUGACAACACAGAGCAUCAUCAAGUCCUGGUUCUUCGAACACACCCGCUUCAUCGACUGCUGGGACUCCUCCUUCGACCUGCUCAAGACUGCCUUGGACCUCAUCGAGACACUUCCGGGCAACACGGAUCAUACUCCUGCCGAUGCACUCCCGCGGUACAACACUGCGGCGGUCAGCUUCAUCCCGAUCCCGAGCAUCAGUCUCCAGGCGGCCGUUUUCCAUUGCACGCAUCGUAUGCGCGAUCCGUACCACCGCCGUCGCGGAAUCAGAUAUCUGCUCCAACGGCGAGUACGCGACGGAGUGUGGGACUCCUUCGGCGAGGCUCGCGUGGCAGCCGAGAUCAUCAAGUUCGAGGAAGGACUGCCGGAAGACUACGACUUAUGCCAGGAUAUCCUGGAUAACGGACUUGAGGGGUGUCGGAUGGGGGUGAGCUGCAAAGAGGAGGUGCCGCAGGAACGGCACGUGCUGAAUGUGCAUACGAAAGUGUUUAUUGCGGAGAGUCGGGUGGAAUAUCGGUUUUUGAAGACGGAUAUGACGUAUACGGAGAGGAGGAAUGUGUAUUUUUAUGGAAAAGAUUCGCGGAAUCGCGCAUGA